AGUGUGUGUGUGUGUGUGUGUGUGUGUGUGGGUCUGUCUGCCUGCCUGCAGAAAGCGUAAAUGCUGGCUUAUCUUAUCCAGCAAAAUAUCAGAGCAUAAGAUUUAUUGCUCUAUUCUCUUUUUGAAACUUAUGACCGAUCAGCCGGUCAGAGGGGCACUAUCAAGCAAUGGCUUACCGUCUGUUUGAAGGCAAGAAGCAUGCUGCUUUGUACUUGAAGUACAGGGUCUCUCCAUCGGAUCAUCUGAUCCAACAGGUCCUUGGAUUCCUGGAAAAACAGAAAGGUCGCCCCUUCGAGCUGGCGGUGGAUGUGGGCUGUGGCUCAGGACAGGGCACACUGCUGCUGGCUAAACACUUUGCAUCCGUAGUGGGAACUGAUGUGAGUCCUGCCCAGCUGGAAUUGGCUUUGCAGCAUGCUCAGCAGGCAAACAUCACAUACAGAGAGUGCGUCGCUGAGGAGCUGCCAUUUGCCGACAGCUCGGUUGACCUGGUGACGGCCAUGACCGCAUUCCACUGGUUCGACAGGCCACGCUUUCUCCAAGAGGCCCACAGGGUCCUGAAGCCCCGGGGCUGCCUGGCUCUGCUCAGCUACACCAUGGACAUUGAGCUCAGCUACCGGGACUGCUGCGCGCACACACUGAACCAAGUCUCCCAAGAGUUUUACGCAGCCUUAAAACCAUACCGCAACCCCCAUCUCGGUCCCAGCAGUAUUGACUUAUACCGGGCGGCAUAUGAAUCGAUCCCUUACCCUGACAAGGAGUGGCAGGAGUGUGUGUGGGUGAGACGUACCAUGCCUCUGUCCAGCUACAUGGGGAUGCUGGAGUCGUUCUCCAGUUACCAGAUUCUGCUGAGAGAUGACCCACAGAAGGCCACGGACCUCUCCCAAGACAUUUGCCAAAAGCUGAUGUCCGCGAUGCAGGUGACCUCGGCGGAGGCAGAGGUCGGCGUGGCGGUGAAGUAUUUCUACCUGUUGGCCUGCAAACCACAGGACGCCUGACUCCCGCCAGCUCUCACGUCUUCGACAAAGCCAUGAGCGUGACGGACACAGCGGCAAGGACACGGGAACUCAGGCGCUUGCAAAUGACAUUCACUUAAAAAAGAAUAAUUGGACAGUUUGGUGGUGAAGAAAUACACUCUGAUUUCAAUUCG